UGCCGCAAGGCUGGCUGGGAGCGUGCGGAUGGUGAGGGAGUUGUGGGAGUGGGUGCUGUCAACGUGAGAAGCCGGCGUGGGACGCAGUGGAGUGCUAGCCAUGCUGCUCUUCUGCCCCGGUUGUGGGAACGGGCUGAUCGUGGAGGAGGGACAGCGCUGUCACCGCUUUGCCUGCAACACCUGCCCUUACGUGCACAACAUCACCCGCAAGGUAACCAACCGGAAGUAUCCAAAGCUGAAAGAAGUGGAUGAUGUGCUUGGAGGAUCAGCAGCCUGGGAGAAUGUUGACUCUACUGCAGAACCAUGUCCCAAAUGCGAACAUCCUCGUGCCUACUUCAUGCAGCUUCAGACUCGCUCUGCAGAUGAGCCGAUGACCACCUUCUACAAGUGCUGCAAUGCCCAGUGCGGACACCGCUGGAGGGAUUAGGCUGGUAGAGCUGCUUCAGUACCUGCUGGGAGUGUGAAGUGUGUGUCCUGGGGGGUCUUUAUCGGUAUAGUGAGAAGCUGAUCUUUUUUGCGGGGAAGACCAAUGUGUCAGGAAAUGUAGCCCAUCUGCCAGUUAGGGUGAGUGAAAUCAUUAAUGUCCAGGGAGUUUGUGUGUGGGGAAGAGACCUGAAAGGAAGUAUACUCAGUUUAAAGUCCUUUUUCUCUCAUAUUUUACAUUUACUGGGCAAUUGACUUUUUUUUUUUUUUUUACCACCAUCCAACAGUUUGUACAGUGUAGCUCAUUAGAUACCCCUAAAUAUUUAACUUAUUUAAUCAAAAUUUAUUCUGAAUAUUUAAUAAAAAAUGAAGUCUAA